CGUCUUUAUUCACUCUCCUUGAUGACGCCUGAUCUGCUGCUGCCAUGAAGCGGACGCUGCUCUUCUUUUGCCUCUUCGUAGCAGUGAUUCUUAUUCCUGCUGAAUCAAAACCUAAACACAAAGAUAAACACGAGAAUCACGGAAAACAGAGUAAACACGUCGAACGUGGGAAAAAAAAACUAACGUUUGAGGACAUCAUUGAAGACGUCGUCUUCACAGAAAGCAGUGACGAUGACGACGACGAUGACGACCACGGUAACUCCGACUGGCUUUUUGAGCUUCAAGAUUCAGAUGGCCGUUGCACCCCUAAUCCUUGUCUAAAUAACGGCGUGUGUAAAGAAAAGGGCAGGAAAAACUUCAAAUGUGACUGCCCGAAGCAUUUCAAGGGACGGAAAUGUGAAAAAGCUCCAAGAGUGUGUAGGAAAGGCGCCUGUGGACACGGUGAGUGUGUCCUGACUUCAUCUCGCCCCCAUUAUGCGUGCAAAUGCAAGUGGCCCUUCCAGCCCCCAGACUGCAAACGCAUUUCAGUGUGCGAGCCAAAUCCAUGUCAAAAUGGUGGCCAGUGCAUCAGGGAGGGAAAUAACUUUGACUGCCGGUGCCCUGAAGGGUUCAGAGGUCGCUUCUGUCGCGUAGGUCCAAACGACUGUUAUGUGGGUGACGGGGAGACGUAUCGUGGAAACGUAAGUGAGACAGAACAUGGCUUUGACUGUCUCUACUGGAACUCUCACUUCAUUUUGGAUCUUGGAUCAAAUCCCUUCCACUCGUUCGAGGACCGAGAGGGACUGGGUCUUCACAACUUCUGCAGAAAUCCAGACGGAGAACCAAAACCCUGGUGUUUCUUCAGAAAAGGCCGCCAAUUGUUUUGGGACUACUGUGAUGUGACACGGUGUCCUGAACCAACAAAGGGGCCAACUGAAGCACCAGUAGUUCCCACUAGUCCUUAUCCUACUUCUGCCAAGCCACCAUCUACGACCCCACCAACACCAAUGACCACAGAGGUUCCACAAGUUAGCACGACUCCCACAGUUGUCACUGAGGUUCCACCAAUCCCCAAACCCACAGAAGGCCCCAACAUCUCCACUGCUACUGCCGCACCUCUACAGUUUCAGACCUGUGGCCAGCCUCAACCAAAGAAGGCCCUUACCCGAAUCUACGGGGGUCUGAAGGUCAGUCCAGGGGCGAUACCCUGGCAGGUGUCAGUGCAGGAGAAACCAAGUAACUCCCAGCAGCCGUACAGACACGUUUGUGGAGGAGUUCUUAUCUCGAGCUGCUGGGUUCUGACGGCUGGACACUGCAUUCAACCUAACAAGGAUUUGGAGGUGGUAAUGGGAAGCCUGUCACGGAAUCGGUUGGAUCCCACAGCUCAGACAGUUGAAGUCGAGCACUCUAUUCGGCACGAGAACUACAGGGAAACACCUAAAGCUGUUUAUAACGACAUAGCUCUGCUGAGGCUCAAGGGGACUGAAGGAUUCUGUGCCAACGAGACACAGUUUGUAAAGACGGCUUGUCUGCCUGACCCUCAGAUCCCAGAUGGGACGGCUUGCACCAUUUCUGGAUGGGGUGCCACAGAGCAAUCUGAUUAUGGUUCCAAUCACCUGUUAGAGGCCAAUGUUCUGCUGAUCAACCAGGAAAAAUGUUCUAACAGGGAUGUUUACGGAUCUGUCCUGGACCCCACCAUGUUCUGUGCUGGCUACCUGCAGGGCGGGGUGGAUUCCUGCCAGGGGGAUUCUGGAGGACCGCUGACCUGCAAGCAGAACGCCAGCCAUGUUAUUUAUGGUCUGGUGAGCUGGGGAGACCAGUGUGGACGGAAGAACAAGCCCGGUGUUUACACACGAGUCACUCACUUCCUGGACUGGAUCAGAUCAAAGACUGGAGCGACUCCUUGAACAACCCUCAUAAGCAUCCCCGAAUCCCCGAGGACAAGAACUUUAACUUCUGGAUUAGACAUUUAUUUUUUCUUGAAGCAUCUUAUUGUAGUUUAUCGAUACAAUUCAAGUGGUAAAAUAUAAAUUGAUGUAUGUUUUAUUAAUUAAAUACUGAACAAGAUUUAUUCGUUACACGAGCUACAGAAAGACCAGAAAUUUUCCAGACAAGUGUCUUACAUUAUAACAGAAAUGUUGCUUAAAAAGGAUUAAAUAAAUUGUUACCUCCUUGUGCUCCAGUCAGACUUUUUAAUUUUAUGAGUUGUUUUUUUAAAUAAACUUAAACACUUGCCAACAUUAAGACAAUAAGCAGCAUUGUGCAAAAGUCUUGAGCAUAUCUUGACG